UGUUAUUUGCUCAUAUGCCAAAUUCCCAAUUAAGAAUGUGAUUGAGUUUCUUCCAUAUUGUAAUGAGAACUGAGGAGGAAUUACUCCUAAUUUAAGUGGCAUUUUAGUCAAACAAAAAUAGAGAAUAAUUGUCUAACAUCGUUUCCCCGUUCCCCAUUUUCCUUCAACACCCCAUUCUCUCUAAAUCCCCUCCGCCUUUAACGGCCCCCUCACUAGCGGUUACUGUCAUAACGAGAGCAGAAGAAAUCUACCGGCGGCGAUGACCUCAACGAAGACUCGUCGGAGAAUUGUUCCCGCUGCGGCGGAGAACGGAGAUACGGCCGACAAACAGGACCAGCUCCUCCUAUCGUCAGCCAUCUGCAACGGAGAAGAUCUCGGCUCCUUCGUUCGAAAAGCUUUCGCCUCGGGGAAACCCGAAACCCUGCUCCACCAUCUCAAACACUUCACAAAAUCCAAAGAAUCGGAGAUCGAAGACGUCUGCCGUGCUCACUAUCAGGACUUCAUUGUGGCCGUUGAUGAUCUCCGAUCCCUCUUAUCCGAUGUCGAUUCACUGAAAUCCUCACUUUCCAACUCCAACAACAAGCUUCAGAACGUCGCUGUUCCCCUUCUGACUUCUCUUGACGCCUAUGUCGAAGCCAAAAACAAGUGCUCCAAUAUCGCGCUUGCGAUAAGUUCCCUCAGCACGUGCGUUCAGCUCAUGGAGCUUUGCUCGCGGGCAAAUUUUCAUCUCACAAAAAAUAACUUCUACAUGGCGUUGAAGUGCUUGGACUCGAUUGAGACCAAUUUUCAGGACAAAACGCCGUCGGCCACUCUGAAAAGAAUGUUGGAGAAGCAGAUCCCUGCGAUUAGGGCUCACAUAGAGAGGAAAGUCAGUAAAGAGUUUGGGGAUUGGCUUGUAGAGAUCCGAAUAGUGAGCCGAAAUUUAGGUCAGCUAGCCAUUGGACAAGCAUCAGCGGCUCGUCAGAGAGAAGAAGAGCUUCGGAUUAAGCAGCGCCAAGCUGAGGAGCAAAGCCGGCUUAGCUUGAGGGAUUGUGUUUACGCAUUAGAAGAAGAAGAGGAUGAUGAGAUUGACGGAGUUGUUGAUGGGAGCAACGGCGUGAAUGGAAUUUCAGGGUUUGAUUUGACGCCGUUGUACAGGGCUUAUCAUAUACAUCAGACUCUAGGACUCGAGGAUAGGUUUAAGCAGUAUUAUUUUGAGAACAGGAAGUUGCAGUUGACAUCUGAUUUCCAAGUAUCCUCAAUGACUCCUUUUCUCGAGUCGCACCAGACUUUUUUUGCACAAAUUGCAGGGUUUUUUAUUGUGGAGGAUCGGGUUUUGAGGACAGGAGGAGGGUUGAUAUCGAAGAUGGAAGUUGAGAAUCUGUGGGAUACUGCAGUAAGCAAGAUGUGUUCAGUGUUGGAGGAUCAGUUUUCUAGGAUGCAAACUGCAAAUCAUCUGUUGUUGAUUAAGGAUUAUGUGAGUUUGCUUGGUGUCACAUUGCGUAGAUUUGGUUAUCCAAUUGAUGCUUUGCUCGAUGUAUUAAGCAAGCAUAGGGAUAAGUAUCACGAGUUGUUGUUGUCUGAUUGUCGUAAGCAAUUUGCUGAGGCUCUCGCAGCAGAUAAGUUUGAGCAGAUGUACAUGAAGAAAGAGUAUGAGUAUUCAAUGAAUGUUCUUUCAUUUCAGAUACAGACUUCGAACAUCAUGCCAGCGUUUCCAUAUGUUGCACCAUUCUCAUCUACUGUUCCUGAUUGCUGUAGAAUUGUACGGUCGUUUAUUGAGGAUUCAGUGAGUUUCAUGUCAUAUGGUGGGCAGCUUGAGUUUUUUGAUGUGGUUAAGAAGUACCUGGACAGGCUCUUGACUGAGGUCUUGGAUGGGGCUUUGUUAAAAGUGAUUAAUAGCUCAAUCGGUGGGGUUACCCAGGCUAUGCAGAUGGCUGCAAAUAUGGCAGUUUUUGAGCGUGCUUGUGAUUUUUUCUUCCGUCAUGCUGCACAGCUCUCAGGGAUUCCUUUGAGGAUAGCAGAGAGAGGCAGGAGGCAGUUUCCUCUGAUCAAAGCCCGCGAUGCGGCUGAAGAGACACUCUCCGGGUUGCUGAAGCAAAAGGUUGAUGGAUUUCUGUCUUUGAUUGAAAAUGUGAAUUGGAUGGCUGAUGAUCCUCCACAAGGUGGUAAUGAAUAUGCAAAUGAGGUGAUUAUUUUCCUGGAAACAUUGGUUUCAACUGCACAGCAGGUUUUGCCUGUUCAGGUGCUGAAGCGGGUUUUGCAAGACGUUCUUGCUCAUAUAUCAGAAAUGAUUGUUGGGGCUUUACUUGGGGAAUCAGUUAAAAGGUUCAAUAUUAAUGCUAUUAUGGGGCUUGAUGUCGAUGUUCGGCUGUUGGAAUCAUUUGCAGAGAACCAAGCUCCUCUUUUGUCGGAGGCAGAAGCAAAUCAAUUGAAAUCAGGACUUGCCGAGUCGAGGCAAAUGGUCAAUUUGCUUCUAAGCAAUCAUCCCGAGAACUUCUUGAAUCCAGUUAUCAGAGAGAGAAGUUACAAUGCACUGGACUAUCGGAAAGUGGUUUCCAUCUCUGAGAAAUUAAGGGAUCAAUCAGAUCGGUUAUUUGGUUCUUUUGGAACGAGAGGGGCUAAGCAAAAUCCUAAGAAGAAAUCUCUGGACGCAUUGAUUAAAAGACUGAAGGACGUCAACUGAAAUGCUAAAAGUGUAUGUUCCUUGUAUCCUGUUUUAUUCACUAGAAUUACUUGAUUGCUAGUAAUUGUUCACAAUUAUUGCAUAGUUUUCACUAGAACAAUUUGUAACAAUUCUUGUACGUAUUAUUACCGUCAAUUUUCCCACAUUUUUGUUGUAUUCAAUUCUUCAGAAACUUGAUCGUUAAUACUCUGAGUUAUGUCUUUGUUGACAUUAUUAUUUUGGAGCUGCAGUAGGAAAUUGAUCAAAUGCUGAUGGACAACAAGCUCGUUUUAGUUGAUAUUGGUUAGAUUUUGGUGUAUUCCUACUGGACACUUUUCCUUUUAGGAGCCAUUUCCUUAAUGUAUUUCUCUGUUUGAUCAUACACUUUGUUUCCUGAUUAUCCAACAUCUCCUUGAUUUC